GCCGGGACUGGCGCCCGCCACACGGCCCCGCGCCCCGCAGCGCUCCGGCCCGGCCCGCGGCCGCCGGGGGUGCGAGAUGGCCGCCGAAGGGAGCCGCGGGCUCCUGGGGCUGUGGCUGCUGGCGGCGGCGGGGCUGUGCGGCGGAGCGGCGGCGGGCAAGUCCCCCAGCUGCCACGAGGUGCGGACGGCGUUUCAGCUGCGGCAGAUCGGGCCCCUCAAGCUGGUCCCCGACGUGCCGACGGCCGAGUCAGAUUUACAGAUCUGCCAACACAGAGCACCAACGUGUUGCACCAAAAAAAUGGAAGAAAGCUACCAGGCAGCUGUUCGAAGGGAGAGGACUCAAAGUAUCCAGGCACUGAACUUUGAACUGAAGUACAUGAUUGUUGGUCAUAUCACAGCUUUUCAAGAGGCCUUUGAGUCUUUGCUUCGCUUUGCUGAAAACCAUACGAGUUCCCUGUUUGAGACAGCUUACAGACCUAUGGCAAAAGAAGCAGCAGAGCCUGUUAAAGAACUUUUUACAGACAUCUCUCUCUACAUUCUGGGCGCAGAGACUACAGUGGAAAGUGCAGUAUUACGGUUCUUUGACAGUCUCUUUCCUCUGGUGUAUAGUCGGCUAAUAAACCCAGGAAUUACAGAUUUAUCAGAGGACUAUACAGAAUGUCUACGACUUACAAGGCAAGACAUAAAUCCUUUUGGACGCUAUUCUAAAAACAUGGUUACAGAGCUGUCAAAAUCUCUUUGGGCAAGUAGGAUGCUCAGCCAGGCCCUCAGUCUGGGCAUCGAAGUGAUAAAUACUACUGAACACGCAGCUCUCACGAAGGAAUGUAGCAAAGCUCUAGUGAAGAUGCAGUACUGCCCGCACUGCCAGGGCCUGACGCUAAUCAGGCCCUGUGUCGGAUAUUGUCUAAAUGUAAUGAGGGGCUGCUUGGCCAGUGUGUCAGAACUGGAUGCACAAUGGAGGGAGUAUAUCUCCACGCUGGAAUACCUGACUAAUGAAAUGGCUGCUUCACGUGACCUGGAAGUUGCACUGACGGGAAUCCAGAACUCCGUCAAUGAAGCCAUCCUGCACGCACAGUUGAAUGGACCACAGCUCUCCGCUACAGUUGAUAAAGUGUGUGGACAGCCCAAACAGCAGGAAGGGAACCUGUCAUCAGACAAUAUAGUGCCAGUGAAGGAGGCGACUGAAACCCAGACAUUCGUGAUGGCUCACGCUAGUCUGAACAAUAAAAGAAGUUCUCUGCCUCUGAAAGCUUCAAAGAAUGACAAAUCAAGAAGUUUGAAAAAAAUCUCUCGAGAGUUCAUCAAUUACAUGAAGCGAUCCCGAACCUUUUAUGCCUCCAUAGCAGAAAGGCUGUGUGAUGGAGACCUGGUGAUGAGGGACAGCUCAACUUGCUGGAAUGGAGAGGAUGUUGUAGAAAGUUACACCAGCAGAAUUGUUUCCAAUGGAUUGAAGGCACAAAUUAAUAAUCCAGAACUGAAAGUCAGAGGAUUGGACCCACUCAUCAGUAAUUUAAUUGACAAACUUCAGCACUUUAAUCAACUGGAUGCUGAGAAGGCAAAAUUAAAACUGGAAAGAUGGGCUUCCCGAGACGCUGGCAGUGGGGGUGGAAGUGAAGAGCUGGAGUCAAGUGGGGAUUGUGAUGAUGAGGAUGGCUGUCAAGGAUCCGGUGACAGGAUUCACAGAGCAGAUGUACUCAAGGACAAGAAAACCCAUCCAGAAAACAGAAAUGAACCAAAACCAACUGUGAAAAAGAUUGACACCACAACCACCAAAAGCACUGUCAAGUCAUCCUCUAAACACAGUGUAACUGGAAAUGGGAGCAAUCCAGCCCUGAGUUCCUCACUUGUUAUUUUAACAGCACUAGCAGUUCUGUGGCAUUGCCCACUGUAGCUGUAUUGCCUUGCAGCCACUGCGCAAGCAUUUCUGUUCACUGUCAUUUAUACCUACAGCCUUAUCCAACAGAAAACAAAUAUAAAUGGCUCUCUAGUUUAUGUGAUAUGUUAGAAUAAAUAUUAAACAAUAUGCUGGAAUUGGCAGAUACCAAGUCAUCACUUACAAUGUCUGAAGUCAGCCUUUGACAAAGCCCACCCAAGAUACAGAGGGAAUGAUGACAAGGGUCUGAGUAGCUUAAGUUAUGGGGUAGAAAUAAUUGAAAACACAGAAAUUGUGUAUGUGUGUGUUAUUGUUUUUCUCAAUUUUGUUCACUGGAAUCUGACUGGCUGGUUUUGAUUGUUUAAUUUUUUCUGAUAAAUUAUACAAAUAGUCAGUCUUCAAAUUCAAGCCAAUACAUACUUUAUUUUUCUAGUGGACAGCUAACAAGCUAUGUCUAAAGUUGUAAACCAUGUUAAAGUGAAGUAUUCUCUACCAGCUAGAUGAAAUUCCUAAGUGGUCAAGAAGAUUAAAGCAUGUUUGAAGCCGCUUUUCACUCUUACUGUUUAGAUUGUAGGAAGCAACAUAAAAGCAUAUGGUGUGUCUAAUGUAUCAGUAUAGUUGCCUUAACUAUGGAAAAAAUUAGAACCACUUUGUUUACUGAGGGAUAUAGAUAGUGAGUUUCCCUGCCCCACAAAAUGCCAUUACCAGAUGCUUAAGCAUAUGCUCAAGACUUAUUGGAUGAAUGUCCAGCAAUGGAAAACAUAAAUAAAUAUAAUAAUGUUUUAUCCAGUUAAAUGCAGCUCUAUACAGAGGAAAAAAAGAUAAUUCAGUUCAAACUUACUUUGCCUAUGUGAUGUUAAAGAGAAACCAACUUAAAUUUUCCAUAAAGGUCCCAGAGAUAGAAAUUAUUGGGAACUCCCAUUAGAUACUAACUAGAUUUUGUGCAUUGUGGAUCUCUUAAAUCAACUCUGUUUCAUAAACUAUGUAUUAUUUAAUUACAUGUAAUGUUUAAAAUUUUGUAUCAUGAUAGGUGUAAAUGUAAAACAAACUGAAAUUUACAGCAUCCUCUGUUAUGCCUCAUCUUGAUUGCUACCUUAGAAAAUGUCAAAAUGUGCAUUAUUGUCCAAGGUUAUUUUCUUUUCAUCAAUGAUACAUUGAUGCUUUUUAACUUUUUGGAUGAAAAAUUACUAUAAUGACUUCUAAUGGGUUAAGAGUUAAUGUGUGUUUUCCAAGAACUGUUUACAGUGCCACUGAAUAUAUAUAUACAAACACAACUGUAUAAAUACAGUGAUUAAUAUCAUAAAUAUAUGAAACAUUAGAAUUGUUAUAUUUACUACAUUUCAUAACUAUUACAACAGUUUAAUGGCCAUUUUCCUGUUGUAGACUAUUAUUAUAUACAGUUUUCUAAGAUUUAAUGUAAAACACUUGCCUUUGUUUUUUGUAAAACAUCUCUGAUGCUUAGAGUUACACAGCCGCUGACAUAACUCAAAAGAAGAACCCUGUAUCACAGUGAUCAACUCCAGGCAUUGCACUGGCAACUUCAAUUAUAGAAGACAGCCUGACUCAUAGAAGGUGCCAUGUGCCACUAUUACUACUGGAUGCCCUUAUAUAGAAAGUGGCAAUAAUACAGAAAAAGCAAGCAAUGAGUGAACAAAGACUCACUAUGCUUUUAUGUUUUCAGAUCGUGUUAGAGAACACGUCUAAUAAUGUUUACAAACGUGGGGCUUGAGUUUCAUUUUUAAUUUGGGCUCUUAGAUCAUAUUUACAGGCAUAAAAGUUUAAUCAGAACCACCGACACACCCAGCUGCAAUGGCAGUGUUUCUAAAGGGACAGCAGCUAAGUUUUCUAAAAGGUAAUUCAAUUCUAAUGUUGAAACAAGGAGAUAAAAUGGAAAAGAUACCUAUACUAAGAUGAAAUAUUUUAUAUUAGGAUUCUGUUUUUUCAAAAUGGUAAGGAUAUUAAUAUCCCUAAGUAGUGCUUUCCAAUCAUAUCAGUGAAAAUCAGUUUUCCCAAAAGUACUAAAGUGGCUGUCUGGUGUUUCCCAGGGUUUGUGAGCUGCACCAGGCUAUUGACCCAUAAUUAAAAACGCUGCUUCUUGUAAUCAUUUUCAGUGCUCUUUGGAAAAGUGCACAUUUACCUGCGGAGGCAUGCAAGUCAUGUCAUUUGUACAAUGAAAGGACCCUGUAAUUCCUUGCAGUCUUAAAGGAGCAGUUGUGAUGGCUCCUGUUAGAUAGGUUGGUCUCUGCCCACACCCAUUUACAGCAGGUGCUAACACUUACCACCAGCUCCUCAGGUGAUACCAAUCAUUGUGGCCUCGCUGAAACAAUUCACACCUGUUGCUUGUGAACCUGACCCCUCAUUUAGUAUUCUUACAUUUAAGAUGCUCAGUCAUCGUGCAGGCAAAUGCACCCACAUUUGCACACUUAAGUCUCCAUCAGGAUUCCUAGGGGCAGAGCUAGGCUUUCAGGGCUGGGCUCUGAUGAUAACAGAUUUCAGCUGUGCAGCUUGGAGUUUUCAAUUCUUCUCACCUGCAGAGAAGGAACCUGAAUACCUAGACUUAGGUGUCUUUUUGAGGUCUUUUCUGCAAAAGGUUUUGUGCUUUUAGCUCAGAGCGGUGAUCCAGCUAGCCUACUAUUCAGCUGUAGCAGAGGAAGUUGCAGAAGCCCUGCAGUAGGUAUGUAUGGAAUAACUCACCCAGGGGAUUAUUUGUUGUUGCUAAAUGUCAUAAUCUUGCUAAACAAAAAACUCUGAAAAGUCAAGUAUUUGAAUUCGGGGUUUGGUUGGCAAGUCUUAAGCUAAACAAGACAACCCUUUUAAAGUGUCUGUAACAACACUAGAACAAGUUCAAACUGUGGGGUGAGAUGGAAUCAACUCAUUUCAUUGGAUUCAACCAAAAUUUUAAUAGACACAAAUUGUUACAGGAGGAGGGAAGAGACUUCAGAGGACUCCACACCUAUUCAUACAUUUCACACUAAUAUACUUUUACACUCUAAGAGCAGCACUGGUCAAACCAGCAUGAAAUAACUUCAUAAGGUGCAUCAAAAAUGGUGCAGCUUUAAAGGGCAAUGUAGUAUGUUUUUAUGAUGGUUUAGGAUUAUUUUUUUUUUUUCCUCAGGUUCAGUUGCAUUUACAUAUUUAACAAAAAAGAGUGUUUUCCAUCAAACAAUAAGUCUAUACCAGCAAAGGCAGAAACAACUGGCUGUGUCAGAUAAAGGAAGUAUUUCUUUUCAGAUGAAUAAGAUACAUGUUUUACAAAAUCUUAUUUUGUUAUCCAGGACACUGUAAUUACGAUGUAAUUACCAAGGUCUAAAUUCAAAAUACUUUUGAACUUGUCUAUGUAAUCUCAGUGUAAAAUAAGGUACCAGUCUAAGAGCAUUGCUGUAGCUCUGCCUAACAGUUAUGAAUUGUAUUUAGCCACUGCUUUUUGAUUGUUUAUUGUUUUGCUAUGGCUUUCUUUUAAUAUUUUGCUAUGCCAGCAUUUGUGAAUGCCAUCAUUGGAAAGUAACUGCUGUCAUACAUUUGUGAGUAAAAUCAAUCUAUCGUUUUCUCUUGCUAGUGAUGCAGGCUUCUUACCAAAUAAGACAAAAUUGCCAUAAGCAUACAGUCAGUUCUUAAGUGUUUCACUUCUGUUUGGGUCCCUGUUGCACCAGGUUCACGUGUCACUAGUCCCCUUCCUGGCACUGAAAGUGUCAUGGAGAAGAGGGAACAUGGGUGGGCAAAAGCACGUGUGGCUGCAGUGUGUCAGUGCGUGGCAACCUCCAGCUGUCUUUUCUGAAACCCUGAGCUGAGUGUUCUCAGCUAAUUUUCAAACAGCUUUUAAGCCUCUCCAAAUUAACACAUGGAGACUGGCCAGGCAAAGAGCAGCAGAGAAUACAGAGGCUGCAUUUUCAGGCAACUUCAGGCACCUGCUAUGAAUUACACUUCUGCAAUUUAGAUGCUUUAAAGAAACCAGCCUCUCAUUUUCAACCUUGUACUUUUUUUCUGACUUGCUUACUGCCAGUGUUAUGCCCUGUCUUCUGGUGCGCCAGGUACUUUGUCAUUGCAUAAGGAAUUGUGAUUUUGAUCUCUCAGUCAGUAAUGAACCUUUUGAGGUACACAUAUCUGUCAGAGCUUGAUAAAGGCAACACAAAUAACGUCCAGCUGCAAUGACUUCAGAGGCUCUGUGUAUGGGUAUCUGGCAGUGAGAUUUACAUCUCUUUGAUCUUAAAUCAGAUCUGUAUUUAAUAUAUCCCUAUUUCCUUUUGUUACUAAGACUGCAAUGUGUAUCAUAAUUUUAAGUUUGACUCUCUAAUCCUGUAUGGGUCUUCUCAAUAUUGUCCUGGUGGAUGUUGUGCACAGACUUCAUUUUAAAGUUAGAUGAGCCUUUUUACACAGAUUUACUGAGCCAUUCUUAUUCAAUACUGCACAUGAUUAGGCUUAAGGAAGAUCUGUUCAAGUGAAAGGAGCUAAAACCCACAUUAAAGUGAGAUACUCAGUAGGAAAAAAACCAGAACGUCCCUAUGUGGACUCUUAACAUUAAACAGAUUCUAAGGUUUAGCUGAAAUUACACUCAAAAUUUCAUAACUAUCAUGCUGCCAAGAGGAUUUCAGCCUCGUAUUGAAAAUCAAUAAGGAGUCUACCCAUUUUUUAAGUGGUAAUUAAUUGUUAUGCAUGCUUUUCUCAUCUCUCUGCACGUGGGUAAAUUUAGGUCUGUAGAAAUAGGAGACAUUCCCUAAAAUCUAUUCUGCAUGUUGAGCAUCACAGCAUCAUAAGUGCUUAAUGUUACAACUAGCCAAAAGCAUGAGACAUUUAUUUUCAUUUAUAACAUUUCACUACGCACAGUGCUUCUUGUAAUGACGUGCAGCAUGUGCGUUAAUGAAAAGUGAAACAUUUUACAGUCAGUGUCAUUAUAGCUGUGACAUGCGUUAGUCAAAAAGAACAUGAUAAUGUCUUCCCAUUGCCUCAGAAGUCCAGAAUUAUUCCCAAUACUGAUUUAUCUUCUGGUUUCCACUGUCACUCUCUAAAUAACUACAUUUGAAUUGUAUUAAAUAUUAAGCCAGCAAAAAAUAAAUACUGUCCAAGAGAUUGUAAUGAAGAGAGAGAUAAUAAACUCAGAAAAGUAUCCUGCAUUUAGAAUAGAGAAUACUCCUAGGUAAGAAAUCCCUCCUGGACUACAACAAUUUUUCAAGUCCCUCUCCAGAUACAUCCCCAUCCCCAUCAACCCCCCUGCAGCACAAUAUGAAGCCUGCAUGCAGGAGACUGGUGCACUGAAUGAAGGAAGUGAAUUAAAACUGUUGCUGCAUAGUGAUAUUUCCAAGUACCUUGUUUACAGUGGGCCACCUUUUGCUGGUUAUGAGGAAGACAUUCAAACUCUGUGUGCAAUUGCUUAAGUUCAGUAAAUAGCCACAGUUGCUGCAGCUUUCAGAAAAGGCUUCUGGACACAGACUGUGAAGCAAUAUUUUUGUGUUGCUCCCGCGUCACUGAGAUCAAACUCAGUCCUUAAAAUAGGCUGGUUUAGACAUUCCAGUUAUUAUCAAUGCUACAGUGAUUUCCCUCCCAUCAAAAUCCUGUAAUACCCUUUUGAGAGAAGGGCACAUAAAAGAGGGGCCACUGAUGCUUUCAUGAGCUGCAUAAAGUACUUCAUUAAAUAGCCAGUAACAACCACGUUUUUUUUUUUUUGUUUUUUUUUUUUUUUUCAUUUCUGUCCAGAAAGUAUUAAUACUACCUUGCAAAAUUAUGCAGUUUGCACUUAAUCAUUUCAAUUAAUCUUUAGUAAAUUACCUAGUACUUUGUAAUUAUAAUAUUUGCAGCUAAUUUAGUGCAACCAUAAAAAUCAUUUGUUGCAUAAUAUAAGCAAUUAACAUUUAUUCGGGGUUUUUUCUGUUGCAGGGGGAUAUAUAAAUUAUCCUCAGUGGCCUUUCUGUACACCUAAUUAGCACCUGUUUGAAUUAUUUUACAGGCUAUGGACAUUUCACUUGAAAAAUAAAUGCGUUGCUAGUUUUGUGAACUCCUUACAAAUA